UCCUUCUUUCACAACAAUUUCCUCUUAAUCCAAGCAUAAAAAAUUGCACACUUUCAUGGCACAAAUUUCCAACUCCUCAGAUUCAUUGUACAACUUUGUUGUAAGAGAUGGAAAUGGGAUCAAAGGUUUAGUUGACUCAGGUUUAUCAGAUGUUCCAAAAAUAUACAUACAACCCAUAAACAACAGAAUCAACAAACUAAACUCAAAACCAUGUGAAAUUCAACCUAUUGAUUUAUCAAAACUCAAUGGGCCAGAACAUGAAAAAGUGGUGGAUGAAAUUGUUAGAGCUGCUGAGACACUUGGAUUCUUUCAAGUAGUGAAUCAUUGUGUUCCUCCCGAGUUGUUGGAAUCACUUAAAGAUUCAGCACACUCUUUCUUCAACUUGCCACCAGAGGAGAAAGUUAUUUACCGCAAUAGUGCGAGUAAUACGAGAUAUAAAACUAGCUUUGUACCUGAGUUAGAAAAAGUGUUGGAAUGGAAAGAUUAUAUCAAUAUGGUUUAUAGUUGUGAUGAAGAUGCUCUUCAACAUUGGCCUAAUAUAUGCAAGGAAGUUGCAUUUGAAUAUUUGAAGUUAUCAUCCAAUAUAGCGAGAGACUUACUAAAAAUAUUAAUUGAUAAACUUGGAGUGAAACUAGAUGAGUCAAAAAUGGAGAGUCUUAUUGGUAUGAAGAUGGUUAACAUGAACUACUAUCCAGCAUGUCCAAAUCCAGAACUCACCGCCGGUACAGUGCGUCACUCAGACUCAGGAACUAUCACAAUUCUUCUUCAAGAUGGAAUUGGUGGAUUGCAUGUUAAAUCAGAAGAUGGGAGUAAUGAUGAAAAAGAAGUACUUAGCAAUGGAAAAUAUAAAAGUGCUGAACAUAGAGUACUGACAACUUCCACACAAUCAAGAGUAUCCGUUCCAAUGUUCAGUCUUCCUAUGCUUACUGAGAGGAUUGGCCCAUUUCCAGAAUUGGUGAAGAAAGAUGGAUUCGCUGGUUAUAGAGAUGUCCUGUGGAAGGAUUAUAUGGACAACUACUUCAGGAGUUCUCAUGAUGGAAAAAACAGGAUAAAACGCCUAUUCAUAGGUAAAACGCCUAUUCACAGGUUAGAGCGCCUAUUCAAAGGCUAA